AUGUCGAAUCCCGCAGGCGAUUGGGAUAUCCUUGUAGGGACUCCAGGUCUCGUACAAAAGCACCUUCAAAAUAACAGGAGCUGUGGUGCUGAUGUAAAACAUUUAAUAUUGGAGGAAGCUGAUAUGAUCUUGGAUGAGAGUUUUACAGAAGUUUUAACAGGAAGUGCUCGUGUUAUUUUCUGCUCUGCAACCUGCCCAGAGGAAGUAGAGUGUCUGGCUGAUGGUGUCGUUGAUCGCCAGUUUCUUCGAUAUAUAAAGAGUCCAAAAUUGCACUCAUUGUUGUCCAAUAUCGAGAUGAAAUUCAUACGGGUUCGAGAGAGGGAUAAAAUUGAUCGAUUAACAGAACUGCUAUCCGAGGAUAUGAAACGAGGUGCUCUGAAUCAGACCAUGGUAUUCUGCAAGGAUCGUGCCACGGCUGGUUUUGUCCAUCAGCAGUUAAAGUCGUUCGACAUACAAGGUCGACUCGUGGAAAUCUCCUAG